AUGGUUUACCUGCAACAUGUCAUGUCAGGAAGCCUGGCACACAACACCACAGAGCGUCUUACACAGCCCAUCAUGAAGCUUCUCACUUCCGCUCUUCUGCUUGGGUCACUCGCCACCCAAACGAUCUUUGGCUAUCCCGGCGGCCAAUUUGUCAAGAGGGACGUCGACUCCUUCAUUGUCACUGAGACUCCCAUAGCCCUUGCGCAGCUGCUCUGCAACAUUGGCCCUAACGGUUGCCAUGCUCAGGGCGUCAGCUCUGGCAUCGUUAUUGCUUCUCCGGACAAGACCGACCCACCGUAUGCUGGUCUCGUCUUCAAGGCUGUGGUAGACAUAUUCACCAACAGCUACGAUGCAAACCUUCAGACCAAUAUUCAGAACUACAUCGCCUCUCAAGCUCGUCUCCAGGGAGUUUCGAACCCUUCCGGAGGCUUGGGUGAUGGUGCCGGCCUUGGCGAGCCCAAGUUCGAAAGAGAUGGUCCGGCGCUGCGAGCCAUUGCCAUUAUCGGUUACGCGAAAUGGCUCGUAUCAAACGGCUACUCGUCUACUGCCUCAUCCGUCUUGUGGCCGGUGAUCCGCAAUGAUUUGGCAUAUGUUGCUCAGUACUGGAACCAGACUGGUUUUGAUCUGUGGGAGGAGGUCCAGGGAAGCUCUUUCUUCACCGUCGCCAGCCAACAUCGCGCUCUUGUUGAGGGCAGCGCGUUGGCCCGGUCUCUUGGACAGUCUUGCGCUGCUUGUGAUGCCGUGGCUCCCCAAGUCCUGUGUUUCUUGGGCAGAUUCUGGAACCCUUCGGGCAACUUCAUGGUUGCAAACAUCAACGGAAACGGAAGAUCUGGCCGUGAUGCCAACGUCAUCCUCGCCUCCAUUCACAACUUCGACCCGGCCGCAGCCUGCGACGCGGCGACUUUCCAGCCUUGCAGUGACAAAGCCCUUGCCAGCCACAAGGUCGUCGUAGAUUCCUUCCGUUCCAUUUACGCAAUCAACAACGGUAUCGCCCAAUCCGCCGCCGUUGCAGUCGGCAGAUACCCCGAAGACAGCUACUACAACGGGAACCCAUGGUACCUCAACACCCUGGCCGCCGCCGAGCAGCUCUACGACGCCCUCUACGUCUGGAAGCAGCAAGGGUCCAUCACCGUCACCCAGACGUCACUGGCCUUCUUCCGAGACCGUGAUGGCUCCGUAGCACCCGGGACGUACGCCUCCGGGUCAUCAACCUACAACUCGCUCAUCAGCACCGUCAGCGCCUACGCGGACGGUUUCAUGAACGUUGUCGCGACCUACGCCCAGUCCAAUGGCUCGCUCGCCGAGCAGUUCUCUCGCAGCAACGGCCAGCCCCUUUCGGCAGACGAUCUUACCUGGUCUUACGCAGCCUUCCUCACAGCCGCCCAGCGCCGCGCCAAUGUCAUCCCCAAGGGCUGGGUCGGCUCUGCCACCUCGGUCCCGGGUACGUGCCAGGCUACCUCCAUCGCCGGCUCGUACUCCAGCGCCACGGCGACGUCGUUCCCUGCCAACCAGACUCCUGGUGGAGGAGGCGGAUCACCCACGGGAACUACCACGGGGGCUACGCCAACCGCAACGGGAUGCCCUAUUGCCAGCUCCGUGCUCGUUACUUUCAACGCCCGGGUCGUGACGCAGUUUGGCCAGACGAUCAAGUUGGUGGGUAGCACCGCCGCCCUCGGAAGCUGGAACCCGAGCAAUGCCAUCGCUUUGAGUGCUUCGGGAUACACUUCGGCCAACCCCAUCUGGACUGUGACCAUUGAGUUGCCGGCUGGUACGACGUUCCAGUACAAGUACAUCAAUGUUGCCAGCGGUGGUGCCGUCACUUGGGAGAGUGACCCCAACCGCAGCUACACAGUCCCGUCAACCUGCUCGUCGACGGCUACGAAGUCUGACACCUGGCAAGGAUAG